GUCACUUUCAUAUGAAUAGGUUUUGUAUAUAGGGUCAUGGCCUUAAUAUGUGAAGAUUUUUAUAGAAAGACGUUCAGUACGAAGUGUUUAAAGCUUAGUGAUGUACGACAGGACAUUCUCCGGUGCUCUUGGGCCAUAUUUUUCUCAAAUAAAGCAGAUAGCGGCUGGUGGUAAUGGGAGAAUUUUAUCAGGGAUCGACACACGUUUCGACUUUCCUGUAUGUAUUAAACGGAUCUCAGUCGCCAACAAAGAUGAAUGUCGAGCCGCAUUGAGAGAAAUACGUAUCAGGAGACGUUUAAGACAUGAAAACAUUGUUGGACUUCUUAAUGCUAUUAUUUCAGACGGCACAGAUGUGUCCGAUAUUUCGCCGGCGAAUUUUAGAGAGACGAGUUGCAUAUACUUUGUACAAGAACUACUAGACGCCGAUCUCAAACAAGUUAUCGAAAGUCAUACUCGACUCUCGGACGAAUAUGUAAAACUAUUCUUCUAUCAACUGUUAAGAGGGUUAAAGUAUAUUCAUUCUGCGAAUGUCUUGCAUCGAGACUUAAAACCAAGUAAUAUAAUGGUGAAUGUUAAUUCAUUGCAAUUAAUGAUCGGUGAUUUUGGUCAUUCAAUGGUGUUAGAUCCAGAGUACAAUCACGGUUCUUCUCUAACCUCUUGUGAUACAAGUUUAUGGUACAAAGCACCUCAACUCAUUCUUGGAACUGGCCAGUAUAGUACGGCCAGCGAUAUGUGGGCUGUGGGCUGUAUUUUAGCUGAAAUGCUGUUAGGCCGGCCUUUGUUCGAAGGAGAAAAUGAUUUGGAACAAUUAGAACUGAUAAUUCAUGCAAUUAAGGUACCCAUAAAAGACCAAAGCCAUAUUCGCAAGUAUUUAACGGAAGAAGUGAACAUCAUGUAUUCGGGAGAACCGAAAUUUCCACUUCAGUCGAAAUUUCAAAAAGUUGAUUGUCAAGCGUUCCAUCUCCUCGAACAUCUCCUAUCUUUCAACCCUGACGAUCGCGUGACAACUGAGCUGGCUCUCAGCCACCCGUUUCUUCAGGAGUACGCAUGCGUAGCGGACGAACCUGUGUGUCUAAAACCCUUACAUCUAGAACACGAAGUCGACGAUUUUUUGGAAUACACGUUGAAAGAUCUGAUUGUUGGUGAAUGCGUUGUUUUGGCUGAAGAACAACCUCGUAUCCAUCAGCAGAUGUCGAGUUAUUCAAGUCUCACUGAUAUAACCAAAGAACUGAGUGUUAGUCCAUCUGAGAGCACGUCUCAUUCGACGGAGGAAAGAUGCUCUCUCACUCUAGAUCUCAAGACGGUCGGUGAAGAUUAUCACGAGAAUUCCAAUGAAAGUGAUUUCAAUCGUUUUAAAGUUUUAGAGGUUCUCAAAGAGGAACAUGGUUCGUCUAGCGAUAGCAAUGGUUUAGCUGCUCAUGAAGAUGGAGUGAGCGAGGCCCCUCUCGUUUUAAACCAUUCAAUGACAAUGUUCAGCAGCUCAAAAUGGGAAAAAGAAAGGCAACGAUCUGGUCAUCGACGACAUCACCAUCACAGAAGGAAGAAGAAGCUACAUUUAAAGAGUCCUAGUUCCGAUAACGAGUCAUCUUUGGAUUCAAAUUCUGGUCGUUUCCAUGAUCAUUGCAAUGGAUCCAAGGAGAAAAACUUGCCCGAGGUUCAAGUUCCGUUAAGUGAAAUACCCGAGAAUCAUGUUCCUAGAUUGAGCGGCCCGGACGAGCAACGAUGUGAUGUAUCCCCAGUUGUUCAUCCUUCGAAUCCCCAGACAUCCCUCGAUCAACAAUCCACAGAAGUCCCCAACGUCACAAACUCGCUCACGCAAGCUGGAGAUGAUAAAGUUCAAGAAUUGAUAUCUCGUUCUCGUCAGAUUAUUGCAGAGAAAACUAUAGACAGUGUGCCGGCGAUCAGCGAUAUUUGUGAAUGCCUCACUCCAGCUGUGUCCACUUCAACUGAUAUAACUAACAAUAUACCUCCAGUCCCGACUGUAUUUGAGUCAGAGCUCUUUAAUAAUGCAUCGACAGAAGUUGAAAAAGCGCCGGAGAAAAACAUCUCCUCUUCAGUUAGCGAUCUGAGUGUGUUGAGUAAUCACAAUUCUACCUUAGAUCUUGGCGUUGCUGAGGUGAUAAGAAGAUCUCAAGAACUUCUCCGAGACGCUUAUAAACCUAGUGUUGCCGAGGAGAAGAGUUCUGUGGCGGACGAUCACGUCCAGGAAUUGAUUUUAAGAUCAGAGCAGUUGCUGAAGAAUAAGGUCGAAUUAGAGACCUCCAGACACGACUUAUUUCCUUCAGAAGAGAAAGGUUCAUUGCCAGGUAAUGGUAAUUCCCAACCAGUGCCAAGUUUAAGAGAAACUACGGACGGAUUUCAGGCAACACAUGGACUUACUGGACUGAAUAUAGAAUAUUCUAGACCAGAGUCACCCGUAGGCCAUUACAAGUAUACAACACCUUUUACGGAGAGACCCUCAAAAUCUAUAACACAAUUACCACCUUUCAAUCAUCGCUGCCAUUCAAGUGCAAGAGAGAAACUCAAUAACCCGCAAGCCAUUACCUCGAGCUUCCCUUGCCCUGCCAUUGACAACAACAGCACCUCCCAAGCAGUGCACAACCAUCAACUCCUUCCUAAAGAAUCCAACAGACGAAUGCGGUAUCUGUCGCAAGAAUGCAAUAAAAUUCUCAGCCCGAAGGAUGAAUCGAAGCCGAAAAGCGAAGAUGGAAAGACGCCACGUGUGGAGAAAUUUCGAAAAAACGAGGGAUUUAGUUCGAUGAAUGACAUCCAGAAUUUUGACCAGAGCCUGGACUCGAUAGAUUUACAGGAGAUGAAAUUAGUUCUCGAUGAGGCCAAGAAACUGUUGGAAAAAUCCAAAGAACUUAGUCCCAGGAGUGAGAACGUUUGCUUGGAUGAUGAUCAGAACCUCAUGGAAGUUGAUGGGAACGCGGGGUUUCAUAGGAACGAGGGGGGUGUGAAGAAUGGUGCCAGGAAUUUGGAACCUGAUUUAGAUCGAACAGUCGAGGUCAAGUUAAAAGAGUUAUCUUGUUUUCAGAAUGAACUUGAUUUUGUUGAUGAAGUGUCAGAAGAGGUUCCUGUGAGCGAUCACGCCGUCAAGUUUGGGGUUGUCAGGGUAAAGUCGGCCCCUCCGCUUCAGAAACAAACAUUGCGUCUUAACUGUUUCACGCGAGUGCGAGGCUCCACGAUUGAUGAUCCAACUCCGCUAAACAAACAGAGAACCAUCGUGUUUUUAACGAAUCUAAUUUCAAAGUAAAUCACCAUUUUCACGAUAAAUCCUUGGACGAAGCUCCUGUACAGAAAAGAACGAACGAAGCCGUCUCUGAUGAUAACUCUCAUAAACACUUCAAAAACUCCAAUAUGACUUCAUCCGAUGUUCACCUUUCAACAGCCACAGUUUACGAUACCAUGACUGGAGUAGAAAGUAAAAAUCAUUCACCUGAGGACGAUAACAAACACUUCAGAGUGAAUGAAGUUACUACCAAUAUUUUGGACUUGAACGUCGACAAACGAUUAACUACGGACUCGAAGUACAACCUUAACUUGAACCAAACCGAGUGUCGAAAGUAUUCAUCGAAAUAUGAGAUUUUAGAACGAAACAAAAAUGCGUUCUCAGACGAGGUCGUGGACAAGCUGUGUGGCAACGCAUGUCGUAUUGAAAACGGCACCAGAAGACUGAACUCCAAGGAUACAAAUAGACUUCAAAGCUUUUAUGCAACUCUAAAGAUAAAAUCGAUCAUGCGAAAUCGAACUCGCCCAAUUCGGGACAAGCGACAUGACACUUAUCCAUUUUAAUCAGUGCAGGCCAAAAAAUUCUCUAUGGCCUUAUUUUAGUUCUUUAAAACUCCUAAAAUAACCGAGUUUAACAUCGACUUUGAUUCUCAAAGCAGCGAGCGCUCAAUACAUCCUCUUCAUUAUUAAUCUCUUUAUUAAUUUAUUUCCACUUUUUGUUUGGAAAAAAAUCGAUUUCCAAUCGAUGUUCUAAAAAUUGAUCGCUCUCUGCUAGUGGGAGUCUUUUAUUUGAUAUUUAAAACAGAUAUGGGCGGCGGUUUUGUGGUAGAAUAGAGAAUAGAAUAGAAUAGAAAAACAUAAUUUAUUCACUCGAUAAAGCUUUAUUUACAUUCUUAAUUUAAGGACAAUUUUAUUACUAUUUUAUUCGCGUGUGUUCUAACACGAAUUUUAGGUGAUAUUAAACUUUUGUCUCAAAAUAAUAUAUCCUAACUUUGUUGUUUUAUACGA